AGCAAACUCAGAACUCAAAAGCCCCUUCCUCUCAUUUUCAAAAAACAAAAGCCCUUCCUCUCCAGCAAAAAAAAAAUCUCUCUGGUUUUAGCGCUCCAGUCUCAGUACCUUUCAAAGUUCGAAUAUUUUUCUUCACAUUUUAUACCGAAGCACAAAAGAGACGAAAAUAGAGGUGUAGUUGAAGUUACUGGUUUUUGCACGCGCAGAUGGACUUAAGAACUCCUCCAAAUAGAGUCCGCAAAAGGCCUUUGUCAGAUGUUUACUCUGAACCGCCCAAAAAGAGGAUUAGCGAUGAAGAUGGAGGUGCGAGUGGUGGUUAUAAAAAACAAGUUUACUCAGAAAUGGCGAAAAGGAAGCAACAUCAGGCUGUCAUGGAGGAUGAAGAUACGAGCGGUGUUCAGAAAGGUCAAACAUUUAGUUUUCGAGUUCUUCUGCCAAACGGCACCACAUUGGAGAUGAAAAUACGUGAACCGGGUCGUGAUAUGUCCGUUGAUCAGCUUGUGGAAGCUAUACGGGCAGAGUACUGUGCCUUGAAGUGCAGAACAGAGUCGCACAGGAGGCAGAUUAAUUGGAAAAGCCAGAACUUGUAUAUUUUGGAUCCUUUUGACAGGAAGCUUAAGGGCUUGUAUUUCAGGAAGUUGAAUCCGAGAAAAUCCUAUUUGUUAAGGCUUCAGGAUGGCUCAGUUGAAGCAGAAAGAUUUGAGAAUAUGUGGGAUCUUACUCCAGAUACUGACUUGUUAAAAGAGUUGCCUGAAGAAUACUCAUUUGAAUCUGCCCUUGCUGACUUAAUUGAUAAUUCAUUGCAAGCUGUAUGGUCUAAUGAUGAAAAUGAGAGGAGAUUAAUCAGUGUGAAGUUGUUCAAGAACAAGAUUACAAUAUUUGAUUCAGGCCCUGGAAUGGAUGGGGAUGCUGAAACUUCUAUAGCGAAGUGGGGAAAGAUGGGGGCAUCUCUACACCGGUCAUCAAAAGGAAAGGCCAUAGGAUGCAAACCUCCUUACCUUAAGCCUUAUUUUGGGAUGUUUGGGUAUGGAGGGCCUAUUGCAUCUAUGCAUUUGGGAAGGCGAGCUACUGUUUCCUCAAAGACAAAAGCAUCAAAGAAAGUGUAUAUAUUACAUCUAGAGAGAGAGGAUUUACUCAGCUGUUCCUCUUCUGAAAAGACUUGGAGGACUAGUGGUGGUCUUAGAGACCCCUCGGAUUAUGAAAUUCGAGAAUCACCCCAUGGAAGUUUUACCAAAGUUGAGAUUUUUGAACCAAAAAUGAGGUGUCAAGGAAUAAAGAAACUACAAGGCAAAUUGAAAGACAUUUACUUUCCUUACAUUCAGUGUGAUGAAAUAUCUGAAACAGGACAAACGACAAUGGCUACUGAAUUUCAGGUCAAUGAAACUAAUUUGGCUGAAGUCUUGGGUGGAGAAGUGGCUAUUACAAACAUAUUCUCUUGUAAUGGUCCAGACUUCACAUUGCAACUGCAUUUCACUUUAGAUUCCUGUUCAAUACAAGGAAUAGGACAUCAAGAAGCAAAUGCUCGCCUUAAGUGUGUUUAUUUUCCAGUUACUCAGGGUAAAGAAAGCAUUGAAAGGAUAAUUGAGAACUUAAAGGACGAAGGUUAUGAGAACCUACAGAACUUUGAAAGUUUUAGCCGUGUUACUGUCCGACGCUUGGGUCGCCUGCUUCCAGAUGCUCACUGGCCCCGGCUUCCAUUUAUGGAACCCAAACAAAGAAAAGGAGAAACCCAUAAAAGAUGCUGCUUUAGAGUAAAAUGUUUUGUAGAUACUGAUUCUGGUUUCAACCCAACGCCAGCAAAGACAAAUUUAGCGCAUUGCAAUCCUUUUACCAUUGCACUAAAGAACUUUGGCAACAAAACCCCUGAGAAAGAUGUACAUGUUGAAAUUUACAAGGAUGGAAAAGAGUUGUCUUUUUCACAACUAGACAAGCAAUAUCAUGAAUGGAUCUCUAAGAUGCAUGAAAAAUAUGAUUUGGAAAUUGAAUCAGGCGACGAUCAACCUACCCUUGUACUAGGCUAUGAGAACAGAAAAGAGCUUGGUACAUCAUCUGAUGUUUUGAGGGUUCAUAAAAAUUUCAAGAGGAAUGGGGUUACCUGGAAAUCAGGACAGAGAAUCAAAAUUCUGAAGGGAGCAUGUGCAGGCUUUCACCGGACAAACACUUUUGCCACUCUAGAGUUUAUUAUCCUUGAAGGAUGGGAGGGUGAUGUUGGUGGCGAUGCUAGGAUUAUCUGCAGGCCACUGGAAGUCCCCACUGAGGAUGGUUGCCAACUUUCUUUUGAUAAAGGAAGUGCUAACUUAGAUCUACGUGGGUCUAAAUCUUUACCAUUUAGUGUCAUUGUUUCCAAGAAGUGUAUACCAGUUAAUGAUGCUGAGUGGGAAUCCCAGCUUCAGAAACACCAUCAUGAAACCACCCCAUCGUCAAUUGAAGUAUUGGAUGCCAAUCAUUCUCUAGACUUAGAUGUUAGUGAGAUGUUACCUGCUGAUAUAGUUGAUGCUGGACAUAAUCCUCCAGAAGAAAUCCUUGCCAUUGUUCGUCCUGCUUCAUUCAAUUCUGCUGUGGCUUCUAUGAAAUUGGACCAGAAGUACAUACUUAAAGAAAGUUUUGAAAUGAGUCUGAGCAUAAAAUUUUCUGCUUCAGAUGGAAAUGACAAAAAUGCCAGUCAUGUUUAUUCAAAUCGAAUAAAACCAUCAUUGCAUAAAGGGUUGAUUGGGGUUUACAUAUUCCCAUUGAGAAGUAAGUUGCCGGAGCUAUUUCACAAAGCUGGAGUAUAUUCUUUUCUACUUUCACUUAAAAAACCUUCUUGUGCAACUUAUGAAAAAAAAGUGCGUGUACAAGCUUUGUCUGAGGCAGUGAGUUGGGGACUUUCAAGUGAAAACAGCAUAAAGUAUAGAACACGGGUUGGUGCACCUCUUCCAUGUAUCAAUAUUGCCUGUUAUGAUAGAUACAUGAACCGCAUACCGUUCAAACCUAUUCCUGAUGUUGUAAUCAAGUUUCAUUCUGAAAGUGAUGGUUUCUCUUACGACCAUGCUAUGGAUACAUAUACAUCACAAGAUAAAUUUUCUUUACGUAUUAAGGGCCUCCUUAUUGAAACCAGUGAACUAGACAAGAUUGGACCAAACUAUGAAACUACUUUGUCUAUAUGUUCAGAGGACGAAUUAUUUUCUGUAGCCAUUCCAGUUCAAGUUCUUCCUGGGCCACUGCACCAUAUCAGUGUUCAUCCACUAAAUUAUGGACAGAAAUUGUUACCUGGACUUGUGGUUAAGGAGCUUAAAUUGGAGAUGUUGGAUGAAUAUAAUAAUCAUAUCCAAAAAGAUGAGGAAAUCAAACUGCAGAUGGAUGGAUUCUGUGCUUAUGAUCAAGGUUGUCUUAUGUGUAAGGUAGAUGAAAAUGGUUUUAUAAACCUUGGUGGAGUACUGAAAGUUACAGCAGGAUAUGGUAAAAAAGCUUCCCUCUCUGUUUUUUCUUGUGAUAAAGCAGUUUUCAAACAAGAAUUUCAAAUUGAGGCAAGAGAGCUGCGAAUUGCAUCAGAGAUACCUGAAGAUUGUGUUCCUGGUUCUCAUUUGGAGAACAUCAUCUUCGAGGUCAUAAAUUCUGAAGGAGAGGUUGAUGAAAGUAUCCAUGAUGAUGAAAAGAAUGGUCAGCCCCACACUCUUACUAUAAAAUCUGAGUUGUUGAAGAUAGAUGAGACUGUCAGAUACAGCUUCUGUCAUGGUCGCUGCACUGUUCGUAGCAUCACUCUCCCAGAAGAUGAAGGGAAGUUUCAUUUUGUAGCAGUUCAUUCCCGUCACAUGGAGUUGCAGUUGUGUAUAGAGGUGAAUACAAAAAAAGCUGUAGAACCAGACUCUGGAUAUUUCCAAUCUCAAAGUCCAGAGAUGCAGAUAUUAAAUGAAGAGGUUGAAAAUUUCCAAUAUCAAUGUGCACAGAAGCAGAUCUUUUCAUAUGAGAAUUCAUCUCCCUACAAAGUUCCAAAAUUGGAGCAUGAUGAAAGCGAAGCUGAUCGUAAGAAGUUGGAGGAUGAACUUUGCCAUUAUGCUCAACUCAGUAGUCAGUGUGAAACCGACCUGCAAAUUCUUGAGUCCAAGCAAUCAAACAUUCAGACUGAAAUUUUCAACUUGGAAGAGUCUCUUGGACUUUAUUCUUCGCCGAAUUGUUGCUGCACUCAAGAAUCAAUUUGGGAGAAGAUUAGUGGGAGGGGUGACUCAGCAGCUGCCAUUGCCUGCAAACUGAUUGAAAAACCUUCAUCUGUAGAGCUACAUCAUGAAUUUUCCAAAGAGAUACUAGGUGUGGUUGCACUACUUGGAUUUGCUGAAAGCUAUGAGCUUAGCAGGGUUUUAGCAGAGUACCUUGGUGAGAAACAAAUGCUGGCUGUGGUUUGCAAUGCCCAUGCAUCAUCUGCUGGUGCCUCAAAAAUGCAUGGGAAGCAUGGGCACUUGUGCAGUGCAGAUGCUCUUAGUACAUUGGCUAAUAAUCUUGGAACCUCUAUUAAUGGAGGAUAUGAUAUGAUAUGCCUCAAUGAUAUAAGGCCUUACACAGGUGAGUUGAGCAUUGAUCCCCAAAGAAUGCUAGCAAUGGUGAAGCCUGCUUUACCAAAUGGGGAGAGCCCUCCAGGGUUUUUGGGCUAUGCUGUCAAUAUGAUCCACAUAUCUGCAAAACAUUUGCAAUUCAGAACUGCCUCGGGUCAUGGUCUUCGUGAGACUCUAUUUUAUCGUCUUCUGGGAGAGCUCCAAGUCUAUGCAAACAGAGAUUGCAUGAGCAUGGCUAGUUCCUGCUCUAACAAACACCCCGCUGUUUCUUUGGAUGGUGUCAUCAUGAGAGGAAAUGGUGUCACAACCCACGUAUUUGGGGAUCCAUUCAUUAUGUUUCCAGUCAUCUCAAAUGAGCAGCAGAUAAAUCUGAUGACAGUGAAUCCAGAUGUCCUAAAUCUGCUCAACUCUAAGAAGAUACAACUCAGGGAGGUUCAAUAUCAAAUUGAAAACGAAAGAAUAGCAUAUGAGGAAAUCAAUAAAAAAUUAUCCGGUUUUCGUGUUGCAUAUUUGAACUUAACCCAGGGAAGUAGUAGUGUGUAAGAUACAUAUCGUUAGGCUAGGCCAGGUUAAUUGGUUAAAUAUGAAAAAUGUUGAAAAUAUAUUGAUAAUGAAUGAUGGUUUAUAUCAAUUUUUGUUGGGGUUAAAAACUAUUAUGUAAUGGCAUUAGUGCACAAAUUCACUCCAUCUCCGGGCUCCAUGCAUGUGGGAUGUGUAUUGUUUUUGAAUGUCGUCUAUAUUAAGUGCAGAACAGGAUAGAUGUAAA